AUGACGAUAGACCGUAAUGGAAAGAGAAACAUAGGAAGCGAUGAUGAGAGGUUAGAAGAACAAUCAUGGCCAAAGAAACCUACUCUAAUCAAACCUUUACCGCUAAGGAAUUCAGCUAAGACGCCUCUAUGUUUUGGUUCAUCAUUUAAACCUUGGAAAAACCCCUCUCAUGACAACAUUAUUAUUGAUUGUGACCAAGACAACAACAUGGUCAACAACACUAAUGAAGUCCAACUUGGUUCUAGUAGCAACACCAACCUAGAAAUGGAUCCAAAGAGGCUCAAGAGGAUCAUGACAAAUCGAAUUUCUGCACAAAAAACAAGGGAGAAGAAUAAUGCAUACGUGGCGGAUUUGGAAAACAAAUCAAAAGGUUACGAGGAGCAGAUAGCGGUCAUUCUAUCACAAAUUGAAUCUGAACAAAGUCAAGUCAACACAUUGAGAAUGGAGCAGCAUAAACUGAAACUACUCAUGGCAACUUGUGAAAAGCAAAGAUUAAUUCAAGAAGCUUUGAUUGAAAAGAACAAAGGGGAAGUUGAGAGGCUGAGAGGACUGCAAUUGAAAUUAGCAGAUGAAGCAAAGCAGGCAAGGGUAUUGUUCCCUUCAUCUGGCUUUGGACCAUUCAUUCGCAACGAUUCAAUUCAAGGUUAG